UUUCAGUAUGAUUAUUUGUGAGACUCACUGAUCAAUGGAAGAGGUAAUUAAAGGUUUACAUCUUUUCCAUAUAAACAAUUAGGAUUUAUAAAGGUUUCACUUUGCUCUGGCAUAUUCCUUACUUGAAAUAUUCCAUAAAAUUCAGUUUUCAAAUUCUGCAUACAAGCCAUUCAACAUUUCAGUCCCACUGAAAAUCAGUAAAAGACAGAAACAGGCUUGUUAAUAAUGAGACAAUCCAAUUAUUAGAUCAAUAUUUAUUUAUUUUUAAAGUCAUAAACUUUUUAACUUUCCAUAUUGUCUCAAUAUAAAUUUUGAAAAGCAACAGAAGUGAAAAUGGAAUUCAAGCAUUUCAGAUCAUGCUACAUGUGCUUACUAUUAUAUAAUUUCACUUCUGCAGAUUCAGAAAUAUUACAUAUAUAAUAUUCCAAAACUACUUUGGACAUAUUUAGAAAAUGAAGUGUGAUUAAAAUGAAUCUUAGCAUUCAUUCUUUUAAUUUACCUAUAAAAUUCUGCAAUUUCUUCCCAGGGCAAAGUGAUGGAACAAUAAUUCUGAAGUUCAAGCAGUUUUUAUUUAUAAGCCUGGCAAUGUAAUAAAAAAAAAGCCCUCCAGAUAAUCCAGACAAAUUUGUGGCUUUCAUAAUCACUUUAAUAUAUAUAAAAAAUAGGCACAUUCACACAGCAAAGGCUACUGUUUUCUAGAACAUCCCAACUACUGGAAAUUCAGUAGCUGACAUUAUUCUCCCAUUGAAGAUUAUAACAUUUGGCUGGGAAUAUUAUGCAUUUUACAACUUCAUUCUUUGUUUUACUUCUUUCACAGCUGCCUUUGUGGUACAUCAGAAUGGUAAACCAAUUCCUGACUACUGCAACAAUAAAGGGCAGGAAAUACAUACAUUAGCCAAAUUAAAAAUAAAGCAGCUGAAAAUGCUUGAGCCAAACAGAGAGGGUUUUGAUGGGGUACCAAAAAUGCUGUGCUGAUGCCAAUCACAGAGAUCUGACAACCAUUUGUCUGAAAUGGAUUAGGGUUUGCAGUAGUGGGGAAUAUAGGAUGUAGAGUUUCCUGCCUGAGCAGGGGGGUUGGACUAGAAGACCUCCAAGGUCCCUUCCAACUCUGUUAUUCUAUUACAGCUCCCUGGGGAAGGUACUGCAUAGUCUGUUGACCAUCUCAGAAAUGACUCUCCUUUCUUAGGUCUGAAAGACUUAAAGAAUCGCCCUGAGGUUUUCAGCCGGGAGGCUGGCAAGCAUUGCCCAGAUCUAAGCCGCCUGACGCUACAAGUAUACACACAGCACUCUGUUGUAAAUGUGGUUAUUGGAUCUAAUCUAGCUCAAACAGCACCCCGAUUUCUUCCCGGGUUUUACUCCAAGAAACAGGCUAGGUAGGUCGAGGAUCGAUGCCCUUUGGCGGGGCACCAGUGUGGGAUUUUUAACCUCCCCAAGCUGAGCGCUGCUCACUGUAAUCAGCAGCAAGGAAAAGUUAAGGCCUCGCGUACUGAUCGGCCCGCCGGAGGGACCUGCAAAAAUUCUGCGAAGGGCCGAGGUCGAUUUUGCCGUGGAAGGGCAACAAAGUAGGUAGGAGGCCGGUCGGAUACCGCCACCUGUACGGCACCUCGCCCUGCGCACCUGAGACGAGGCUCCCGCUCCGCAAAAGAGAAAGGAACGGAGGGGUGGAGCUGACCCGUGGCGGCGCUUUCAUUGGACGGAGAGAAGCGAGAGAAGGCGGGGCUUGGCCAGAAGAGGAACCAACGGCUUCCCAGCGAAGGCUCGCUGGCGGCGGUGGUGGCGGCUUGGUCGGUGCCCACCUUGGCCGAGCCACCACCUCGCAUCCCCACCCAGUAACCUCUCGGGGGAGGGAGGAAGUGUGGAGGAAACUCCUCCCCCUCUCGCCCAGCGUUCGAAUGGGCUGGCCCGACAGUCCCGGAGAGAGAUAAUGACAAUAUAUACCACUAAUGACAGCGGCGGUAGCUCGAGUGUUGUUGCACCCGCCAGCAAGGCAGCUCGCCCGCGUGGGACUGAGAAGAGGGUCCGACUGGCGCGUCCUUCGGGAGCCGGGAACGCUCCAGAACGCGAUCGGAGGAGGAAACGGGACUGCCGGUUUUAUUGCGUGGUUUGCUGCUGUGGUUUUUUUCAUCCCAGUCGGGAAGGAUUUGAGCUUCUGCGGGGAAAGAAAAAAAACACUCAAGAAUCGCUUGGCGGAGGGAAACGAUUUGAAGUUGCUUCCAACUUCUCAGCCACCUGUUGCUCUCCGCUUCACCGCUUGAAGCAGACAAACGAGGAAGGGAGAGGGAGGGAGCGACGGCAAAGCAUCCCUGCCCUGGUCAGACACCUUUUAGGGGAAAAGAGUUCAAAUUUGUUAAAACCCUGCCCCGAUGGUGGAAGAAGCCAGAGCCAGAAAUAAAGUUCACCCGAACGCCUCUGCCAGGAGUGAGUGAUACGCGCUGAUCUUGCUUUUUAAGAAAGCGACCGUCGCCGGGAAAACAACACCGCACUUGAGACGCGUCUCAAAAAUCGCCCCCACCUCCCCGCCCGAUACAUUCUUCUUCUUUUUUUUAAAGCUUAACAGACAUCAGCAACCUUUCUCCAAACUCUAACUUUGGCGGGAAUGAGCUGAGUUCGGGUUCCUUUUUGGGAGAGUUUGCAGAGGGAAAAAGAAAGCCCACCUGCCAGCGCUUUGGAACCACGCCUUACCUUUCCAGGAAUCCCAAAGCAGAGACUAUUCUUCCCACCCAGCCACCCACUCCCAUUGCGAGACUUUAGACCGGGUAGACAUGUACGCCAACUGCUGACUCCGUCUCCCGGGGAUCAAAGCUUGGGUCGACAGAAGCUCCCCCGAGGAAGGAGGCAAGGGCUGCCUGGGGAGGGGCAGAGGAUAGCAGAGUUGGGGGCGCAACCAUGAAGCUGGAGAUCUUCGCCCCACGAUACGAGGAAAAGCUCAGCGGCAACAGCGUCAGCGACCAGGAAGGCAGCAGCGAAGCUUCCCCGCGGGCCGCCGAGAGCGAGCUGGGCUCCGACGGGGAUUGCGCGGCGCUUAGUCCGGCCAGUGGUUGCGCAAGCUCUCCCCGGCAGGGCCCCGAGCCUUCGCCUUCCCCGGGAGGCGAGUGUAAAGCGGCCGCAGGACUGUCUGGAAAGCCGUACACGCGCCGCCCAAAGCCUCCCUACUCUUAUAUCGCUUUGAUCGCCAUGGCCAUCCGGGAUUCGGCCGGGGGCCGCUUGACCCUGGCGGAGAUCAAUGAAUAUCUGAUGGGUCGCUUCCCUUUCUUUCGCGGCGCCUACACGGGCUGGCGCAACUCGGUGCGUCACAACCUGUCGCUCAAUGACUGUUUCGUCAAGGUGCUGCGAGACCCGGCCCGGCCGUGGGGCAAGGACAACUACUGGAUGCUCAACCCUAACUCGGAGUACACUUUCGCCGACGGCGUCUUCCGCAGGAGGAGGAAGCGGCUCAACCGUCCGGGGCUCCCUCCGGCCGCCGGGGGCUCCCCCUCGGCUCAGCCGUCCCCCCCGCCCGCUUCCCCGAGUGCCGAUCAGAAGACUCUGUCGGGGGAAUCGGGCGUGGGACUCGUCGGUGGCGCCUCGGCCGUCGGCACGAAAUUCUCCAGCCCCUUCGCCAUCGAGAGCAUCCUGAGCCGACCGUACCAGCCUUCCGAACAGCAGCCGCGGCCCCCCGCGAGGCCAGUGGGAGAACGGGCGGUGGCGUGGGCCGCCCCCCCAAGCUAUUCCCGGCUCCUUGCUCAUCCGGCCGUCUCUUAUGGCGUCGUCCCUACUUUCCCUCUGGCGGCGGCCUCCGCCGUUUACCACUACAGCCUCCCCGAUCCUCUGCUGCUAGAGUCCUCCAAGGGCAAGGCUUUGAGUGACCGCCAUCCGCACCAGCCCUUCCACGCGAGACCCUCGUCUUUCUGCUCUCCCCGGCUUUCUUCGGCGCAGUUACAGACGCUGGGCUUUUCUCAGCUCUACUGCCCCCUCCGGCUGCCCAGCUCAUUGCAGCAGGUAGCCGCCAGUCACAACACCUACCGGCCUUAUAAUACAUCAGAGACUCUAUCGGUAUAAUGAUCGAACGGGCUAAGACCCCUAUGAAAGGCUGGGGUAACGUGGGGACAGACGAGAAGUGUCUCUUGACGCACUUUAAAAAGGAAAAAGGAAAAAAAAUCCAGACUCGGUAGAAAGACUGUGCCUUAAAAACGCCGUUUUUCCCCUCGAGACCAAAACCAAAAAGCUGUUCAGAUAUUUUUUAAAAAAAGAUUGGACUCUAAAAUGGACAGCAAAGCUUCUUUCUGAUUGGCUGAAGGGAAACCGUUUCCUGCCGAUGCUUGGUUGUUUGAUGGCUGGUGGGGGCAUCCAUGAGGCUGCAGGUGCCCUGCUUCUUAAAGAGAAUCUGGAGAGGGGCAUCGGAGGCUGGGAUCUUUUCUCCAAGGUUGUAAAUAAAGCAUACACUGAUCCUGAAGUAAGUCCCAUCAAAUUAAUUUGGGCUAUUCCCAGAUAUCUGUUCAUAGCAUUGGAGCCAACCUAGAUAAGGAUGUUAACAUUUAUUAAGGGUGAUCCUGAAUCCUGAACAACAGGGAGGGAUGCUAUCAAAGCUGAAGAUAUUUGGCCAGUGAAAAACUGAAAUUUCAAAAGCCUCAACUGGCUGAAUUAACUCAGGUAGUUUAUACUUGACUAUAUUAAGUCAGGUAUAAACUACCUGAGUUAAUUCAGCCAUUCCCCUGGGUUAUACCUGGGGCGCAUGGGAUUUAAAAUCCAAAUAUAUGGAACAUGCCAGGUUUCCAAUCUAAACAGAAUCAAGGCUGAAUCCUACGCACCCUUCAGCUUGGAGCAAACCCUCGGGAACGCAAAGGGACCUAAACUCCCAGAGCAGCUUUAGGCCAAGCAAGAAGAUUAGCAUCUGGGCAUGCAUUACUUAGGUCAGUAAGCAUUUUUCAGUUCCGUAGUAAGGUGGCUCAAGGACAGCCUAAUUGCAGUGCAGCUGGGAGAAAAUGAGAUCCCUCUGAAAAAGUGAGGUCACUCUGAAACAGGCCUAUGCAGUGGAAGCAAGGCCAGUCAAUCGACUUGAGCAGCCCUUAUAUCUGUCAUUUGGGAGAUCCUCAAAUGUCAUGUCAGGCAGUGCCCUUCCAGCAAGGAAACUCCUGUAAUGCUGGACUCCAAGGCAGAGUGUGCUAGCUUACAGAAAAACAAGUGUUAGAGGAGGGAGCAGUAUGGCACACAAAUAGCCAAGGAAUGGAGUUGGCGACCUUGGGGCCAAUAAGUAUAAUGGGCCCUAGCUAGGCUUCAGUCUAAAAGGGGGGGUGAUGGUAAACCAUGGUUGCAGUCUUUUCCAGGACUGGCAUCUACAGCAGCCGGUCCCAGUAGAGACUGGCUAGGGCUGCCACUAGAUGGCAGCCAAAUAGAUGUGGAACAUUCUAAGUCUUUACUGCCAUCUAUUAGCCUUCCAGAGUUCUGCCGCCCAUAUCCAACAGUGCUAAUACAAAUGCAACUGACUGGGAUAGCUUCUCUUUCCCUCUCCAAGAACGUCAGGCAUCAGCAAGUCCCUUUCCCUUGAAUAUAAGCACUAGCUCUUUAAAUGGUGACUAAUGUUGGAGGGGGUGGAUAUUGAGAAGUUUGCCUUGGGGUCCAGAGAGCUGGGAAGGAGAAAAAGGAGUGAUUUUAUAGAUGUUAGUCUACUGAAUUUCAUCACAUGUAUUCUGGGGUAAACUCUGCUCUAGUACUGCAGUCUUAAACUGAUUUACAGCAGGCUCGAGGCAGAGGAGUAACUGGAUGAGAAUCAUGACUUUAAACACUGAAUUAAUGGAAUCAGGGUUUUGUUUAAGAAUGCUUUGUUGGCAUUUCACUUCUGGAUUGAACAGGAAAAGUGCCAAGUUUUCACUGAACUUGGGGUUCUUGUUGCACAUACCUCUCCCUAUGAACUGUAGGGAUUAAGUUAUUUAUAACCUGCAAAACUCUGAUGUUUAAAUAAAUGCAGGCUAUCUUUUUUCUCAUUUUUUUAUUUCAAUGCAAAUAUACAUAUAUUUUUUAAAAAAUAAAUAUGAUUCCCCACCACAUUGAUGUGAGCUUGUUUGCUAAACCUAGUUCAUUGUCCUUUCCCUUCACUCCCAUCCAUGAAACAAAUGCUCUGUUGGUUAUAUCCUGAUAACUGCAUCGGCUGGGGUCCAGUCAGACUCUUCCAAAGCAGGAGGAGGACUAAGUAGGAAUAACCAAAUGUGUUGCCCUGAAAAGGGAGAAUACUUUCAGAAACUGCCUGUUGCAAAAUCUUUGUAUGUCUGCAUGGGUUCAUGAAAAUCGGGAUCAAGAUAAUUUUGAAAUAAAAGAUGAUUUUUU